AUGAAAAAUCUUAGUAUUAUUAAUGAAUUUGUGCUCCUGGGAUUGUCCAGUGACCCCCAGAUCCAGACCAUGCUCUUUGUGCUCUUCCUGGUGAUCUACUUCCUGACCCUGAUGGGGAAUCUGAUGAUGCUGCUGGUGAUCAGGGCUGAUUCCCGCCUCCAUACCCCCAUGUACUUCUUCCUUGGACACCUGUCUUUCCUAGACGCCUGCUACUCCUCAGUCACUGUGCCUAAGAUGCUGCAGGAUUUCCUGUCUCAGAAGAAAACCAUCUCAGUGUGGGGAUGCAUCACUCAGAGCUUCUUUUUUAUUCUUUCUGGGGGCACGGAGGGCUGCUUGCUCUCUGCCAUGGCCUACGACCGUUAUGCAGCCAUCUGCCGCCCUCUGCUCUACACUGUGGUCAUGAACAGGCCUCUCUUCAUUGCCAUGGUCAGUGCAGCAUGGGGGAUGGGGUUUCUAAACUCACUAGUGAACAAUCUUUGUAUUCACAGCUUACAGUUCUGUGGGCCCAAUAUCAUCCCCCACUUCAGCUGUGAGCUGCCUUCCCUCUUUGCUCUGUCCUGCACUGAUCCCACUGCCAACAUCAUCCUUCUAGCUGGGUCGGCUGCAUUUCUAGGACUUGUGACACUUCUCUUGAUCCUCUUCUCUUACUCAAAAAUUAUGUUUGCCAUUCAAAGUAUCUCCUCCUCUGUGGGCCAAGGCAAAGCCUUCUCCACCUGCUCCUCCCACCUCACCAUGGUGCUCUUGUUCUACGGGACAGCUCUAUUCAGGUACAUCAGCCCCUCUUCAGGAUCAGUCUUGGAGCAGGUGGUCUCUAUACAGUACAGUGUAAUCACAUCUUUGAUGAACCCCCUCAUCUACAGCCUCAAGAACCAGGAGGUGAAGGCAGCUCUGCAGAGGAUGCUGAGGCAGCAAAUAUGUGUCUCAGGGUAA